GGCGCGGCGCGGCGCCGCGAUGAAGCUCACUCGGAAGAUGGUUCUGUCCCGGGCCAAGGCUUCGGAGCUGCACAGCGUGCGGAAGCUGAACUGCUGGGGCAGCCGUCUGACAGACAUUUCCAUAUGCCGGGAGAUGCCCAGCCUGGAGGUGAUUACGCUCAGUGUCAACAGCGUCUCCACGCUGGAGCCCAUGAGCGCCUGCCGGCGGCUGAGCGAGCUGUACCUGAGGAGCAACCGCAUCCCCAGCCUGGACGAGCUCUUCUACCUGAAGGACCUGCCGUGCCUCCGGGUGCUGUGGCUGGCCGAGAACCCGUGCUGCGGCGCCAGCCCCCACCUCUACCGCAUGACGGUGCUGCGGAACCUUCCGCACCUGCAGAAGCUGGACAACCGAGCUGUGACGGAGGAGGAGCUGACCCGCGCACUGAUGGAGGGAGACGAGAUCCGAGCUGCGCCCGCCCCGGGCCUCGCCGAGCCCUCCUUCACACUGAGCGCCUUCAGCCACGCCGAGACCACGGGCCGGAGCCUGCCGAGCUGCCCGGAGGAGGCCGGCAGUGCCCAGGGCCAGCUUGACCUGAAGUCCCCGGCCGGACACCAGUCUCCUUCCUUCUCGCAGAGGGAGGCGCUGCGUGGCCACAAGAACAGGAACGUCCUGACGGCCAUCCUGCUGCUGCUGCGGGAGCUGGACGUGGAGGGGCUGGAGGCCGUGCAGCAGACCGCGGGCAGCCGGCUGCGGGCCCUGCAAGGGCGCGAGCUGCAGGAGGACACCGAGUGACCGCGGGCGGCUGAGCAAGGCCCUGCACCCCCAGCCCCGGCUCGCCCGGAGGCCCCCCUCCAGGCCCAGGGACCGGCUGCCGUGCCCCAUGCCGGGAGCUGACGCUGCCCGCCAGGACCGUCCCCACAGGGCCCCGGGCGGGCCUGACCCUUCUCUGAAGGACCUCGAGGCCACUCGCCACACAGGACACCCAACAUCCCAGUCCCAGGAGCCCCCGAAUGACGGCACCCGAGACCGUGACCCCCGUGUCCUAAGCGGGCACAUGGCCGCUGCCCCUGGGAAGGCCCGGCACCGCGGGAGGCUCUUCCUCUCCGCCUCGUAGGGCCCCCACCGCGGCCCGUGGAGGCCGCCUCUCCUGCCGUCCUCUGGGAAGGGCCAGAGGGCCUAGCAGGACGGCAGGGGCCGGCGGCGAUGCCCCUGACCCGGGCUCCCCUCCCCCACCCCCAGCCCGCACUGCUCGGGAGUGACCGCCAGGCACGUGGGGGCGCCAUCUCCUUCCCACAGCUGGCACAGGGCCCUCCCUCCCUGCCCCCCCCCCACCCCACAGCUGAGCGCACCCCCUGAGGGCCAAGGGCGUGCAGGGGGCUGACGCCCCGGGAGGGAGGCUGUCCUGAGCGCCACUCCCGGUGCAGGAGCCGGCUUGGCCGAGGCUGGGGGCCAGGGCAAGGCAGGUGAUCCGAACGGACUUCCUGACCCCUGCUUCAAGGCAGGGAGACCCCGUGCCGAGGGCCUCGGGUGGGCGGCCACAGACCGCCUACCCUCUCACUCCGAGUUGCUGCAUCUCAAUAAAGCUGCCUCUGUGGGAACAACUAGGGUAAAUUCGGCCCGCGGUGGGGGGCGGGGCCCUGCGGGCCGGGGCUCACUGGCUCCCGUCCUCUGCGGC